AUGGCGCCCACGAAGAGCAAGAAGCCGAAGAAGCAUGGGCAAGCAGUGGUAACCAUCAGUCCCGUUUUGCGUCGGUUUGAGCUUGAAGAUGUCUUCAUCAACCAGCGCCACAACCAUUUCAAGGAUCCCCAACUGGUCCUCAAAAGCCAACUCGAUCGAUCGCGCGGGAUGCCCUACAAUGCUGGGAUAAACUCUCAGAUACCCAUUUGUCAUCACCAGCUGAUGAUACAUAUCAAGGACAAAGCGGACGAGCUGGUGAAAUUGGAAUUGGAAGACUUCACCCCAGCUGCCAAAGCCAUGGACCCCCCUUCGCAGUGUACCGCCGCAUGUUCACCUUCUGAGCGUGCUUUCAUGUUUUGGUAUCCCGUGGGGCCAGAAAGGGCGUCCCUUUUGUUUUCGAUGAAAAGUACUUCUGAUUUUGAGACCGUCCUCAACGAAAUGAAGCGGUGGGAAGUGACUAUGGCUUCCAGCAGGCAUGGCUUCGGACACGGUUACUGGAUAAGAAGAGAACAGCAGGGUCUUCCCUCCAUUGCUCAAAUCAAUCCUCUGACUGUGGCCAAGUCAUCCUCCAGACGGCUCCGAAGAUACAUCACCAACGCACGCCCAGGCCUGCUGAUAGAUCCCAACAAUCCGCACAUAGUCCAUUCAGUGAGCAUAAACCAGCUGACCAAGAGUUCCCAAUCAAUCCAGCACCUACGCCAACCUCUAUAUCUUCAACCUCCACAGAAAUGGGCUCCCGGACGUCUCCUUCAACGCUCGGCAAGCACUAUUGCAGUUUCUGGGAUGCUUGAAGAAGGUGUCUACAAAAUCAGCAAACUGAAGUCAAACCCAAUCGAUCGUUUUAGGAUGAGAAGGCUCCCACCUUCUACGGCAGGAGAAGUAGCACUUACCUUGCCAACACAACUGAAAAUUGCCAGGCAAACUUCGGGACCAGGUUCAAGCACCGUCAAUGCAACUCGCGGCUCCACUGUCGAGCAGCUGCGACGCAGGUCCCGAGUCCGUCUUCCACAGUUCAGCAAACACUAUAUGGCUGGCUUGACGGAAGCCACUAGGAUAUGGAAUGAACACAUGAGACGGGGUAAAGAGGAGAGUGACUUGGUGAGCGACCUUGAAGAGAAAGUCAGGAUCUGGAUGAGACAUGCAAGGGUGUGUUACCGAGACCUGCACAAAGUAGAAGCCGCUACUAAGAGGAGGAUGAGAGGUCAGCCAGUCGGGACUGGUACGCUUCGACGAUUGCCCAAACCAGGAGUAGGAUCACAUUUCCCUCCCAACGUGCCUUUUGCUUCAGGAAGGCCUAUGAUCCAAAGUACACCUCAGUCGAUAAUGAUACCUCCCGCCCCAGCAGGAACUUUUCCUUUGGCUACGCCUUCUUCUAUUCUCUCCAGCAGAUCGGCCGUCUUUUCAUCUUUACGGCCAAGAAGUCAUUUUGAGUUGCCCAAGCAGUUUUCUUCGCUCACAGCAACCACUCCAAGUUCACCAUCUACUACGGGCAUCUGGGGCGAAAGUGUAUCUGCUAGUGAAUUCCUAUGA